ACCUAGGAUAAGCUCAGGUGACACAGCCCAUUUAUGUGGUGCACUGUCACCACAAUAAGCCACUACCUCUUGUCUGCGUUGCACUUCUUGUUAAGUGCCAAGCAUUAAACCCAGUCUUGGGAAGCCUACCCCUUUAAGACAACCCUUAAAAGAGGAAGUGAAAAUCACAGCUGAACAUCCACAGAUGCAGCACAGCUGUCCUGCAGAGCAGCAGAGACUCCCACACACUUCGGCAGCACUGCCUGCAACAGGAGUUAUGGAUUCUGUUUCCUUCCACCAGUACAUCUGCGAUCUGGAUCUUUGCUCCUUGCCUAGAGUGGUGAAGAUCUGCUCUGGAGUCUACUUCCAAGGAUCUGUUUAUGAAGUCUCUGGCAAUGAAUGCUGCUUAUCAACAGGAGAUCUGAUGAAAAUUAUUGAUGUUCAGCUGCAGAACAUCUCCUGCAAGAAUGUGGAGAAUGGGCACAUAUAUGAGCUGCCGCUGGAUUUUAAAGGUCUUUUUCAGCCCAGUUCAGAACUGCCGCGUGGAGCAAAGAAGAAAUCUUUCUCUCGGGGCUCUCCCUUCCGCAAGGACAAGUUUUUGGACUGCCAACAGCCACAGCGCUACACGAUCCAAGAGGUCCUGCGGUCAGCAGUCUUGCGGCGGAAGAGACUAACCUGCCCGGAAAUUGGCAAGAGUGAGGUCCAGCUCUACCCAACGUAUAAAGUGAAAGCGAUAAUGCAUUUUCGAAAUGACGUUGUGCAAAUCAACUCUACCCUGGAUGUAGAGGUGGUCGACGUCACCAAGGAGUCACGGCACAUCCACUUUAUUAAGCCGCUGAUGCUCAGCGAGGUUCUGGCAAUGGAGGAAGCCCUGCCAGCGGAGGCAGAGAUCCUUGAGGCCCCAGAGAGCCUGCCUGUCUUCCAGAGCGACUGGUUCUCCCACCUACAGAAGGGCUGCCAGAUUCACAUCCACAGCAAGUCCUCGGCAUGGAGGGUCCUAGCCUCUUCUCGCAAAGGCAAGACCCGGACCUGCUACUUCCUCCUCUCCAGCAGCUACGAAGGCCGCUUUCGCCGAUGCCCACGCAGAUUUAGCUGCACUUCGGAGCUGGCCCUCAGUUUAGCCACCGCCAAGAAACUGCAGGUCGUUGUCACCAAGGACUGUGAGAGCAGCGAAGGGGAAUUUCCUUUGUUCAGUGUAGGAGACCGGCUAGAGGUGCUGUGGGUCGCGAGAGCCAACAAGCCUUCAGCCAUGGACAUGCUUGUGUGCUGCAGGGACAAUGGAGAUGAGGACAGAGAGCAAAUCCAUGUGCCCCUGUUCUUGGAAGCUGGCUUUGUAGAGGAUGUCCGUGACAGCCGCAAAUAUACCAUCUCUGAGGCAGUGGAGCACCUGCAGCUGCCCUGUGAGGUCAAGGUGCUUAGCACUGACUGUGCCUCUGAUCCUCUAGGCUGCUCCUCUGUCCUGACCCUGGAGACCAGGAUCGACUUGCAAUUUCUCACCAUCAGCCUGGCUAAGGAGCCAGCUCUCACCUUUGACAUUCCUCCACAGUGGUUGGACAUGUCUCUCUUCUUCACUGGAGGGCCAGCAAAGGCUACCCCUCCCACUUCCAGUCCGGCGGUGGAAGAGUUGACAGAGGCCUUUUAUUAUCGUUUGCUAAAGUUACUGCCCAGCAGUGCAUCAGCACCUCCGAGACCUCCAAAGCGAAAGGACUCCAGGUGCAACACGGACCUCAUAAAGGCCAAAGGAGGAGAGAAGACUGCAGCAGAAACAUCUAAGUUACCUUCUGGCAAGUCAAGCAGCACAUCUAGAGAGCCUGCAAAACUUCCCUUCUCUGGACCUAAGCAAACAGGCGCAAGCGGGAGUGUCCUGAACAAUCUUAAUGAGUACACCAUGGAAUGCGAACGUCAAAGAUUCCAGGAGUGUUCUAAACCCGAGAAACAAACCACAGGCACAGCUUUCAGUGAUGAUUCGGAUCAUGACUAUGAAGAAGUUAAGGAGGUUUAUGAAAUGACUUCCAAACUGCAAAGAGCUGUUAUUAAACACUGAGAUACCUGUCUACAAAGCCACAGUGCUAGGCUAGGUCUUUCGUUCCCCACUUCCAUGGUCAGAGCCAGUUCAGGAAUGAGGGGAAUUCUGUAUUUUUAAGCAAGCAUGAUCAACUUUACACUUCCUGGACUAAUACACCAAUCAGAAUGUCAUACUGCACACUUCACUGAAUUUAUGGACCCUGAGCUCAAAUACAUAUUCAGAUAACCAUGUUCAGAGGUUCUAGUUACAGGUAGGUAGCCGUGUUGGUCUGCCAUAGUCGAAACAAAAUAGAAAAGAAUUCCUUCCAGUAGCACCUUAGAGACCAACUAAGUUUGUUAUUAGUAUGAGCUUUCGUGUGCAUUCGUGUUCAGAGGUUGAUGUAGAAAUGGGUUAAGAAUGGACUUGCGAAAGAACACUUGUGAAAUUACACCAGAAACAGAUUUGUCCAUCCCUAGGCCACUAUAACAAGCUGCUCGUUUCCCCCCCAUUAUUUUUGCCCAGCAGCAGCCUUGCUUUUGAGCCCAGUGCCAGGAGAGACUGUGAGCGACUGUAAUUAUAACUUCCAAGCCCCAAACUGGCAGACCAUGACCCCUUUCUCCAUUCUGAAGAAAGCACAACGUAUGAAAUGUGGUCUUUAGAGCCUCACAUGUGUCCUUAUGCUUUACCUAAAGGAAGUCUGGUUCCAAAAUCAGUCACCAGCACUGCAAGGAAUCAACAUUACCAAAGACCACCCAGGGUGAAGAAACGGCAAUCUCCUUGUUUCAGGAGACUUAGCUUUGGCAAGAAAGAGGAUUUUUAAGAGUACUGUUGCCUGUCCCCACCCUUACAGUAAAAUGAGGACCUGAAGUUAGGCUAGAAUAAGGUUACUAGAUGUCCCCAUUUCCCGGGGACAGUCCC